ACAGUUUCUCUCCUUCCAUUAAGCUUCAUUUUCAUGCCUCCUGAAUUGGUUCCAUCCGCUGAUAAAACCAACGUUUUCGCUAAACCGGUCACCUUGCGCAACCGUGCUUACGUCACUUUCUUGGCCGGAAAUGGGGACUACGUGAAAGGCGUCGUAGGGUUAGCUAAUGGGUUAAGGAAGGUGAAAGCGGCGUACCCUUUAGCUCUGGCUUACUACGUAAUCAAUUAUUCCAAGCUCCGUAUUUGGGAGUUUGUGGAGUACAGUAAGAUGAUAUACCUUGACGGCGACAUUCAGGUGUACGACAACAUCGAUCGCUUGUUCGAUUUGGCCGACGGGAAUUUCUACGUAGUAAUGGACUGUUUCUGUGAGAAAACAUGGAGCCACACACCACAAUACAAGAUCGGGUACUGCCAACAGUGUCCCGACAAGGUGAAGUGGCCUGCCAAGUUGGGCAAUCCUCCUCCUCUUUACUUCAAUGACGGAAUGUUCGUGUUCGAGCCCAGCCUUACGAACUAUGAAUCUCUGUUGAAGACUCUGGAAAUCACAAUCCCAACCCCAUUCGCGGAGCAGGACUUUUUGAACAUGUUCUUUAAGGACAUUUACAAGCCAAUUCCUUUGAUUUACAACCGUGUUCUUUCCAUGUUACGGCGUCAUCCCGAGAAUGUGGAGCUUGAAAAAGUUAAAGUUGUUCACUAUUGUGCACAGGGAUCAAAGCCUUGGAGGUAUGCAGGGAAAGAAGACAUCAAGAUGCUUGAUCAGAAAUGGUGGGACAUUUACAACGACGACUCACUUGAUUUCAAGGAACCCACCGUUGGUGAAGCAGAGACGGAGCCCGUUAAUCUGCAACCCUUCCUGGUUGCUCUCUCAGAAGCCGGUUCAGUCCACUUCGUGGCUGCUCCAUCGGCGGCGUAA